UAAAACAAACUUGUCUUUUACUUGAAAUAUGUGCCGCAAGAAGACCAAGAAAUGAUCAAUCUGUGCUAUCAUGGUGCAGGUUGUCUAUUUACUGCUGUUUCUCUGGUACUCCCCACCUGAGGGCAAGGUCCGAUUGGUGAUUUGCUUGGUGCUGAUCGCUGGAUUCUCCUUCGUGGCUGCCGCGGGCUUCUUUUCGUUGCUCAAGGAUCCACGUCUACCUCUUGGCAUAUUGGGCGAUGUACGCUGGUCCCAUUCGUCAGCUUAUUUCUGUGUGGCAAACCAACGAUGCUGGGAACAUGUCUAUCUUGGUUGCCGUGUUUUCGCUUUUGAAUGGGAUAUGUUUGACAGCCAAUGGUUUCCUAGUCCGGCCACGAGAUGUUUUUCUAAUAGUAUCGAGCUGUGCUGGCAUCGUGUCUGGGACAUGCCAGGUGGUCCUCUGGGUCAAGGUCAAGUUCUUCGGAUGAAGGGGGAAGGAGUUCGGCAGCUGCUGUCUAGUAGGUCAAGUUGGCAAGUUGGAAAUAGUGUCGGCAUGAAGGGGGAAGGAGUUGCGCCGCUGCUGUUAGAACCUCAAGUUGGAAAUUGUUGAACUAGUAUGCUCUUUCUUUUCUGAUACUUAUCUUGCUGGAGUCUGUUUGGUUAAUGUAGUUCCAUCCAUGUACUGUUGUGAUUUCUUUGCUAUGCAAUGGAAUCGGGGCUGGGCCCUCCUUCUUCUAAAAAAAAUGGCCAAGAUUUGGAUGUCGCCUC